CAGUAAAGCUCCGUCACCGUUGGCGGCUGGCCGCUUCCAAAACAUUUUUAUAAAUAAGUUUUUAUAAUAAAAAGAAUUAAUCGAAUUUAAGUAAAUCAAGAAAAAUAAUGGCUCGAUUAGUUUCUGGAGUCCGUUCUUUAUUCCGUCGAUAUCCAAUCGUGACCAAUAGCGCCAUCUAUGGGAGUCUGUAUGUGGGCGCCGAAUAUUCCCAGCAAUUCGUAUCCAAACGCUGGCUGGCCCCUGCGGCCGAGCGCGAGGAUAUCGAUUAUGCAACAAUAGGAAGAUAUGCUGUGAUGGGCACCGCAGUAUAUGCCCCAACACUUUACUUUUGGUACAAAUGGCUAGAUCGCGUUUUUCCCGGCACUACAAAAAUCGUAAUAGUUAAAAAAUUGGUACUGGAUCAGUUUGUUCUAACGCCUUAUCUACUGAGUGUGUUUUAUGCAGGCAUGUCCUUGAUGGAGGGCUCUGAGGAUACUUUCCUGGAACUGCGCGAGAAGUUCGUGCCGACUUUUAUGCGUUCCUGUAUUUUCUGGUUGCCCGCCCAGGUUUUGAACUUUUCCCUGGUGGCGCCCCGAUUCCGUGUAAUCUAUAUGGGUGUUUGCGGUCUGAUUUGGGUGAAUAUUCUCUGCUGGACCAAGAGGCAGAGUCUUCCAGUGCAGCUUCCAUAAGGAAUUCCGAAACAUGAGAUUUGAACAUACCGAAUACUAUCGCGUAUAUACUAUAUACUUGUUAUAUAGUCUUAGAUAGAUUUUGACAAAUAAAGGCAGUAUGAAAAGUACAACUA